CCCAUAAACUUAGAGUCUGGAACAGUCUAGUGUUUUCUUUGUUUUCAAGAGAACUGGUGGCUCAGCCAGCAAAAAUAACUGUUUUAUCACAGUGUAUUUUACUAGUGGUUCACAGCAUGAAAUUACUACAUUGUUUUUUUUUUUUUUGGACUGCUUUUCAUAGAUAGUGUAGAGAGCAGAGAACGAACUCCUAGUCCAUCAUCACAAAAGUUGUUGCCAGAGAAGACCCCUCUUUCAGGUCCUGGUACAUUGAAGACAAGAGCAGGUCGAAAACGAAGAAGGGAUGAUGCGGAACAAGCUGGGGACAAAGAAAUGGAAUCUUUAGAAAAUGAGUAUAGGAAAAAUAAUUUUGUGAGGCUAUUUAAUGCUGAUCAGGGAAGAAAGAACAGCAUGUCUGAGAUCACAGACCUUGAUGUUAUUCUCACAGUCAUAGAAGAAGAAGCCCUGGAAAUCAGGAAUGACAUGGAGUCAGCUGCUGGCAAGCAAGCUGUGAAGGAGUUUUUCAUUCAAAUAAGAAAAUCUUUCAGUGAAACUAUUGAUGUUUACAGAGAAAACCAAAUGCUGAGGGCCAAUCUCAGGAAGGCAAAAUCAAAAGUAAACAAACUUCGUAAAGAUCUCCUUAGUGUGCAGCAAAAGAGAUCAAGGAUCUCAGCAAAGCUUGAGAGUGAGAAAAGUAACCUUCAGCAAAACAAUGAGAGACAAAAGUUGCUGGAAGAUUUUAGCCUAUUUUUAGCCAAGCUUGAGGCAUUACAGAAAGAAUGCAGAAAAGAUUUGUCUUCAAAGAAGGCAUCAAAGGUGAACUAUGGGUCAUUUAGCAACCUACCAAGCUUACUUAUUGAAGGACAGAGUUUAUUAACAGCUGCCAAUCAGCUUAAAUCUGUCAAUGAUGCACUGCAACAGCAGCAGUAACAAAGAUCUAAAGAGAUAUUUUUAUUUAAGAAAAAGAUUGAGUUGUUUUGUAUGUUUCUGUAAAUAAAUCAAGAUUUGGAGAGUUUUUUCCCUCUUAGAUGAAAUAUGUUGCUUGUAUCACCUGUUGCAUGAUAUGCAUUGGUUCAAAGUGCUUUUUUUCUGCUGGCACCCUUAUUCCGUAGCCUACAUGCAGGCUACUUGUACAGCUUCACACAUGUAGGCUAUCUUGUCUGGAGCUGCGGGAUGCAUGGGCUAUUCCGUUUGUGUCCAUCCCCCCCUCCCCCUAUUGCACCCCCCUUCCCCACUAAAAGGUUUUUCUGGAGUGCAAGACUCUUUACUUCUCGUGGAGGACGCCCAUAUGAAAAGGAUGUGGUUAGAGGUUAAAAAUGCAGUUUUGGUACCUCUCAGGGUGUUC